AUGCUCAUUCGCUCCGCCAGUGAGUUGCGCCUGUCUCAGGUCGAGCGCAACGGCGGCAUGGAGUCAGUAAGUCGGGAGAGUAUUUACAACGGGUCGGUAAACAACGCCUUUGCCGUAUCGGACAUCAGCCACACCGAGUCGGAAGAGGAAGCGUCGCCGAAGGACAAAGUCCAGAGACUUCCCAAUGGCUUCGAGGACUUCUGUGUCAGAGAUACCAUGCUGGCGGAGUACGGCCAUCGAGAGAUCGAGAUCGCCAGAGAAGAAAUGCCUGGAUGCAAAACGCUUUUGGAAAGGGUUGGCAAGCAAAGACCCCUUGAUGGCGCUUGUAUCAUAGGAUGUACUCACGUCAGUGCUCAGUCAGCUGUGCUGAUCGAGACGUUGAUUCGUUUGGGAGCGACCGUGAGAUGGUGCGCGUGUAACAUAUACUCAACUCAGGAUGAGGUGGCAGCAGCUCUUGCUGAAUCGCGGAUCCCAAUUUUCGCUUGGAAUGGCGAAAGCGAGGACGACUUCUGGUGGUGCAUCGACAAGUGCGUCAACGCCGAUGGCUGGAGGCCAAACAUCAUCGUGGAUGACGGCGGAGACGCGACGAAUUGGGUGUUUCAAAAGUACCCGACGAUCUUUUCACGUCUCAAGGGCAUCGUCGAAGAGAACGUCACCGGUGUGCACAGGCUGUACUACAUGUCGAAGAACAAGAAGUUGAACGUUCCGGUGAUGAACAUAUACGAUUCGGUGCUGAAGACCAAGUUCGACGGCUUGUAUUCUUGUCGCGAGAGCAUUAUCGAUUGCUUGAAGAGGACCACCGAUGUGAUGCUCGGAGGGAAGCAGGUGGUCGUUUGCGGUUAUGGAGAGGUUGGCAAAGGAGUUGCAUCGGCGCUGAAAGGAGUCGGAAGCAACGUUCUAGUUGCCGAGAUCGACCCGAUCUGCGCGCUGCAAGCUUGCAUGGAGGGUUUCAAGGUCGUUCGACUGGAUGAGGCAGUGGCCUGUGCCGAGUUAGUCAUCACCUGCACCGGAAAUCAAGGCGUCGUUACCAAGAAACACAUGGAAAAGAUGAAGAACGGCUGCAUUCUUUGCAACAUGGGAAAUUCCAACAUGGAAAUCGACGUCGCCGCCCUGCGCUCACCGGAACUGACCUGGGAGAAGAUCAGGGAUUACGUUGACCACAUAAUCUGGCCAGACGGAAAGCGCAUCGUCCUCAUUGCAGAGGGUAGAAUGGCGAGUCGGUGCUGCUCUGGAGCUUCGUCGUUCGUUCUUUCGAUCACUGCUACGACCCAGACGAUGGCUGUUAUUGAACUUUACACUGCCCCUCGAGGUCGCUAUAAACAGGACGUUUACUUGAUGCCAAGGAAGAUGGAUGAAUACAUCGCAGCAUUGCAUCUGCCCUGCUUCGACGCCCACCUGACAGAACUAACCGCUGAACAAGCUGACUACAUGGGUAUCGGCAAAACCGGUCCGUUCAAGCCAAAUUACUACCGCUACUGA